UGCCUAAAACUUUUAUUUUGAAAUCGGAUUACCGGAAGUACCUCUUUGCCAGCAACAGUUGCUUGUUUCGGUUCUUAAAAAUGUUUCACGGUAGCACUGAACUCCUAUAGAAGUGAAUGGUGUUUUGUUCCUUUUCCAGGACCACUUCACUGUCACGUUAGCCUAAUGUAUUAGCAGAAAAUGUCGGAAGCGGCGUUGUAACAUUGUGUUUAUGAGAAUCGGAGAGGAUGACGGUGUGUAACUUCUUUCUACAAGGCCGAUGUCGGUACGGUGAGAAAUGCUGGGACGAGCAUCCACGGGGCGGCGGCGGUGGCGGUGGCGGGUAUGGUGGCGGCGGCGGCGGAUAUGGCGGCUAUAAUAACCGGCCACCACCGCGGUCCGGUAAUCGUGGAGGGUAUGGGAACAGGGUGUGGGUAAAUCCCUCACAGCGGUCGUCGGGUCGAGACUACAUCCAGUCCUCCACCUUCCCCAAGGGUGGGGACAGCGACUGGGGGAGGGGAGGGGGCGAAGAGAGGAACAACAAAAGCUCCAGCUUCAGCUUCUCCACCCAGAACAGAUACUCCACCCUGAAUACCCCACAGGGCGGGGGCAGUCACAGCCAAGGGGACGACGAUGAAAAAUAUGUGGAAACGGUCUGUCGGGAUAUGGAGUCGUGGGUGAGCUCCGGCCAGUGGCUCUUCUCCUGUUACUCACCACUCAAUGCCUGCCUCUCAGGGUUCACUGAGCUGUCUCCGGAGGAGCUGCGUUUGGAAUACUACACCAGCCAAGCCAGCGGAACCUUGCAGAACUACGCAGACACUGUCCAACAGCUGGCCAACCAGUGGAGAAGCAGAGUACAGGAGCUGACCACCCUCAAUUCCGCCACAAGGGCGGCGCUGAUCGCUGAACUGAAAAAUCCUCAGUCUGCAUCUCUGGGGUUUUCAACCACAGGUUCUGUCUUCGGAGCAGGUUUCGGCGCUGAUGGGUCGCAGGCCGCAGUCAGUACUGGCUUCGGUUCCGCCGCCUCCCCAGCAGGCCCAGCCGGCUUUGGCUCCGCCCCCUCUGCAGAAUCCUUCUCCUUCAGCAGUGGCUCCGCCCCCGCAGAGGUGUCACUCAGCGGUGGCUCCGCCCCCUCGGCAGCAUCCUUCUCCUUCAGCAGUGGCUCCGCCCCUGCAGCAGCAUCACUCAGCGGUGGCUCCACCCCCACGGCAUCAUCCUUUUCCUUCAGCGGUGGCUCCGCCCCCGCCCCCGCACCCGCCUCCUUCUCCUUUGCUAGCUCCUCCUUUGGCGCUCCGUCAGCCAAUAAAGACGCCCCUGCGGGAUUCGGGGCGCCUGCUUCGGAGUUCAGCUUCUCUGCCCCAGGGUUUGGGGUUUCGUCGGCCACGCCCCCUGCCACGGGCUCUUUCGGACAGGCAGUCAGUGGGGCGGCGCCCACUGUGGGGGGGGGUGCAGACCAGCUCUUCACCCCCCAGGGGGAACUCACCUCUGAGGAGCUGAAGGAGUUCGCAGGCAAGAGGUUCACCCUGGGCCUGGUCCCCCUCAAACCACCCCCUGCUGACCUGCUGGUGGUAUAGCAGCACCAGACUGCCCCCUGCUGACCUGCUGGUGGUAUAGCAUCACCAGACUGUCCCCUGCUGAUCUGCUGGUGGUAUAGCAUCACCAGACUGCCCCCUGCUGACCUGCUGGUGGUAUAGCAGCACCAGACUGCCCCCUGCUGACCUGCUGGUGGUAUAGCAUCACCAGGCUGCCCCCUGCUGACCUGCUGGUGGUAUAGCAUCACCAGACUGCCCCCUGCUGACCUGCUGGUGGUAUAGCAUCACCAGACUGCCCCCUGCUGAUCUGCUGGUGGUAUAGCAUUACCAGACUGCCCCCUGCUGACCUUCUGGUGGUAUAGCAUCACGAGACUGCCCCCUUCUGACCUGCUGGUGGUAUAGCAUCACCAGUCUGCCCCCUGCUGAUUGGUUGGUGGUAUAGCAUCACCAGGCUGUCCCCUGCUCAUUGGUUGGUGGUAUAGCAUUACCAGACUGCCCCCUGCUGAUCUGUUGGGGUAUAGCAUGUGCUUCAGACAGCUGGGGUGUAUGGGUGGAGGGGAGGGUUCUAUCUUCUUUGAUAUUGUUUUGUUUUUAUUGGGUAAAUAAAUGAUUAUUUGAAUU